CGCUUAUUGGCUGCUUGCAGCUAGGUAACCGGAGAAAACAUUUGGGCAGAAAUUAUUGUUUUCAUGUGCGACAGCGGCGCGUCCUGACAUCUAGAACAUGCACAGUAAAUCGAUGGGAAAUGAUAAAAGAAAGCCAUUCAAGUCUAAGCCAAACCCUGUGAAUGAAUAUGCUAAUCAAAAUGAUUUUGAUGAAAAACACGAUGAGUAUUUAAUUUAUUUGCAACAAAAAAACAGGGCCCUGAAUAGCUUCAGAGCAAAGGAUCCUACACAAGUUAAGCUGGAACAUCUGGAGCAUGGAUUUUCUCUGUACAUAAAUGGAGCAAAUGCUGAUUUGAAGAAACAGAACAGCACACAAGAUUUAGCGAGAGGAGGCUUAAAAACCCCAAAAGUCAAAGAUGAUGCAUUUUCUGUUCUUCCUGGGAGGAGGAACCAUACUGCACCUGGCAAGAUUCAACGGAAGGUGUGGAUGCAGAGUUCCUUAAACAUUAAAUCUGAAACUGGAACACGACUGCAUAUUGGCCCAAACGUGAAGUACUCAGAGGAUUUUGAGACAGAUGAGGCUGACGAUAACCGUGAUGAAGAGGGUGUGAUCUCUAGACAGCAUUAUGAAAGCAAAGAGACUUUUACAGAUUCUAGGGGGAGCGGCAAAGAAGGAAAGAAGAAGAGGCUGCUAUUGGAUGCUUGUGACAUUAAGGCCUUGCGAGAAAGCCUGGAGCAGAGUUUACGUCUGCGUCAUGGCAGCAAGGAUAGCUCUGCUGAUGAGUGUGACUCCAUUGAAGAAGAAAUUGAAGAUGAAACUCAAGAAGAGCCCAAAACUUUAACCUCCAUGAAGUCAAGGCAUUAUGAUACUGAACACAAACGACUGCUUCCAGGGGACUUGGUUGUACUAGAAUUUAAUGGAAAUGCUAUUGAAAAAAAGGAUGGGAGAGUUUUGUCUGCAAAACGGAGAGAGAGUGCUGACCUUUAUAUUCCUAUGAAGCCUGUGAUGGUGAAAAGUAAAAUGCAGAAGAGCUCGCCUAGACAAGAGGAGCAAUGCACACCACGACCUGCUAGUCGGAUAGAGAGACCACUGUCUGCAACAAGAAAAGUCAUUGCGGAAAGUAAAGAUUCUGAAGAUUCAGCCUGUCAGGUUAUAAAUGCUAUGCAGCUGGAGAAUGAGGUGGUUGGAAGAGCAAGUAGCAGAGUAGAGGAGAAAGAAGUUGUCUCCCAAGCUAUUGAAAGUAUAAACCUUAUGGAAUUAAGCCAACAGAAGAAAUUGUUGAAGGUUCUCCAGAAUAUUGAUAAUGAACCCAUUUCCACGAGCGAGCCAAAGGCCUGUUCACCAUCAGCAGAUAACAACGCCAUCUACAUAACUGUGGAAAUUCUAUCCAACUGGGGAAAUCCUAACAGUGUGGGGUUGACUGAGAUUCAGUUCUUCAAUCUGAAGGAUCAGAAAAUAUAUGUUUCCCCUCAUGAUGUGGACAUAAGAAAUGCAGAUUUUCCUGGAGACCUUCAUUGUUUAGUUAAUGGAAAAUCUCAGACUACCAAGGAAUGCUACAUGUGGAUGUGCCCCUUCCACCCUCCUGUACAGCUUUACUUUGUGAUACGAAAUCCUUCUAGGUCAUGUGAUUUUGACAUAUGCAAGGUGAAGAUCUGGAAUUAUAACAAGACGCUCAGUGAUCUGGACAUUGGUGCGAAGCAUGUAAAGAUCUAUAAAAAUGAAACCUUGGUGUUUGAUGGUAUCUUAGAGAAAGGGUGUGGUAACCAAGUAUUUGACUACAGCAACACAAUUGACCUAUUAAACGGGCAGAUGAAGACAGCCACCCCAUCUCUUCUCAGCCCUCAAAAAGAUCAAGAUGAAGAUGACCUUAGUGAUGGCAGUAAUAAGAACAUGUAUGAUCAGAUAUUGUCACAAUCCAGGUCAUUUGGAUUACCAAAGGCUUAUAACUCAGAAAAAUCUUCAAAAUUGAAGGAACUUGAUUUUGCUGAAGAUCUAAAAAUUAUAGAACCUAGCAAUUCUAUAGCAUAUCAAAGAGAGAGAGCGCAUGGAAAUGUUUUAUGGAGAGAUUUGGACUCCUGCAGUGAUGGAAAUAGCUCUACUAAUGAACCUCUCGAAUUGCCUGUUAACUGCACACAGUUAACAAGUGUAGAAAGUAAGGCAUCUAUUGAACGUUCUCAUUCUCCAUCAGAUCCUGAUGAUCUAACGAUUAAAGAACAGCUGGAAAAGCUUACUGGCAGAAAGCUUAGUAAUUCAGCAAGUAAAACCCCGCUAUGGUUAGAAUCGUCAUCCAACCCUCAGCAGAAGAAUUAUGAUCAAGGUUGUGAAAAGCCCUUCUACAUUUCAGAUCCCUCUAUCGAUAACGACUCAUUUAGAAAUGAACAUGACAUUGCUAGUGACCAGUUCAUCGAUGAGUGUCUUAGAAAUCCCAGUACAGGCCCUAGGCAUCUAGGCAGAAAUGACAAGUCAGAUACUUUAGUGGCAUCGGCAAGGAAAAUCUGUGAUGAUUUAGAAACUUUUGGCAUGAAGAUUAUUUCAGAUCAAAAACGUCCAAUCAGUGGAAGACGGGAAGUAUUAAAAUCGAGAGAAAGAGAAUUAGAAAGUGAAAAAUUUCAAGAUCUGAGCCUUCCAUUAACAGGUAGUCAAGGAAGCAUUAAAACAAGGCAAAGGUGGAGCAAUGAACAAGAAAAUAACUUGAUGGAGUCAUGGACAUCUUUACUAAAAUUUAAUCAGUCGCAUAGAGGUCGGAUCUCUAAUAUGAAUUUUGAAGGAGAUAUUUUGGAUGAAUUUUUGCAUCAGCAAAAGAUUGGAAAACAAAAUAUAACUGUUAAAAAGGAAUAUGUGCAUGAAAUGCCUAAAUUGGCCGAUCCCAGCACGGUAGAAAAUGAUGGAAGUGACUUUGAGAUCCCAGUUUUGCCAUAUGGCCAACAUUUGUGCAUCAAAAUUACUUCCACUUGGGGUGACAGACACUAUGUCGGGCUUAAUGGAAUAGAACUGUUUUCCUCUACUGGAAACCCUGUGCAGAUCGCAAAGAUUGAAUCAGAUCCCCCAAACAUAAAUAUCUUGCCAGCUUAUGGCAAAGAUCCUAGAGUGGUAACAAAUCUCAUUGAUGGCGUGAACAAGACUCAAGAUGACAUGCAUGUUUGGCUUGCCCCAUUCACUCCUGGAAAGAUACACUUUAUUUCCUUAGACUUUACAUCCCCCUGUAAAGUGGCAAUGAUCAGAAUUUGGAAUUAUAACAAAUCAAGAAUACAUUCAUUCCGCGGUGUGAGGGACAUUGAAAUUGUUUUAGACCAGGCAGUAGUUUUUAAAGGAGAAAUAGCCAAGGCUUCUGGUACACUAACUGGAUCUGCAGAACAGUUUGGGGAUACAAUUUUGUUCACAACUGACGAUGACAUACUGCAGGCGAUUUCUGUGUAUGAUGAAACAUUUGAUGAGGAUUUUGAGAGCACAGAUCUUCAGCUGGAUGAAGAAAUAGUCAAAACUCGCCCAAGAACAGCAGACAGUGGCGAGGAGGAAAGACCUUUUACACAGGCCGGCUCCGGUGAAAAAUUGCAGGCGUCUGAUCAGAAAACCAUAGCAUCUGCCUCUGCAAAUCUUUCCACUACUGUACCAGGAGUUUAUACCGGUCAAUGCCUACAAUUAAAUUUCACUAUGACAUGGGGAGACCUGCAUUACCUUGGCCUUACUGGACUAGAAAUUGUGGGAUCCAAUGGGGAAGCGUUGCCGCUAAACAUGAAUAUUAUGAAAGCCUCACCACCAGAUCUCAGUGUGCUUCCUGAGUACCAAGAUGACAGCAGAACUUUAGAUAAGCUCAUUGAUGGUGUGAACAUCACCAGUGAGGAUUCUCACAUGUGGCUUAUCCCAUUUACCUGUGGAGAAAAUCACACAAUCACCAUCAAUUUUGAUAAAGCUGGAGUGGUCGCAGGACUGAGGUUUUGGAAUUACAAUAAAUCUGCUGAGGACACAUACAGAGGGGCUAAAAUUGUCCAUGUUACGCUUGAUGGAUGCAGCAUUUCUCCACCUGAAGGAUUUUUGAUCCGCAAGGGUCCUGGCAACUGUCACUUUGAUUUUGCUCAAGAGAUUCUUUUUGUUGACUAUGUUACGCAACAUCUUAGUGAUAAACAAUCAAGCAAUAUAAAAUGCAUUGAAUCUGCUACCAUGGAUUAUGAAGCACCGUUGAUGCCAUGUGGCUUUAUCUUCCAGUUUCAGCUUCUUACCAGCUGGGGUGACCCCUAUUAUGUCGGUCUGAAUGGUCUUGAGAUGUACAAUGAACAUGGAGAGAAAAUCCAGCUCACAGAGAACAAUAUUGCUGCAUUUCCAGAAAGUAUCAAUGUUCUAGAAGAUGUGUGUGGAGACGUGAGAACACCGGACAAGCUCAUUGACAAUGUGAAUGACACCAGUGAUGGUAGGCACGCAUGGCUCUCUCCAAUUCUCCCUGGUUUGGUUAAUCGAAUCUAUGUUGUUUUUGAUCAACCAACCAAAGUGUCUGUGAUAAAACUAUGGAAUUAUGCAAAAACACCACUAAGAGGUGUAAAAGAGUUUGCUCUCCUUGUGGAUGACCUCCUUGUGUACAAUGGGAUUUUAAACCAAGUCAGCCACAUUUCUCAUGGUAUACUGCCGACGUGUGAUCCUGUGAUACCGUAUCAUACCAUCCUGUUUGCCAAUGACAAGAAAAUUUCAGAAGCAGAAAAAAGAACAGUUUUAAGCAACCAGGUAGAAGAUCAAGAUGUAAGAAUGAUGAAUGAUAAUAAAGUUGUCGUGAACUUUAAGAAGAGCCACAUUGCUGAUCCAGCUUUACGUCCAAAGACUUGUAUAACUGACAAACAGAGCGGGAGACAUAGACGGUUCUGAAGACAAAUUUUGCCCGGGAGCAAUAGCCAUAGUUAUUUAUUAUCUGA